AUGUCGCUGUUCACCGACUCUAACACGACUCAAAAGCCGCAGCUCGGAAUUUUCGGAAACAGUACCAACACGAACACUACCACAAGCGCUGGUACCUCGACUCCAUUCUUCAAGCCCACGGGUGGUCUAAACCUAGGUGCUCAGCCAGCCGGUCUCAAUCAAACCUUCAACUCCGGGUCGCAGCCAGUAGGCACGUCGUCCUCUAUGCCACAGAUCGACGUCACACAUAUCAGAAGCACGACGAAAUUUGACCACUUAUUGCAUGACCUACAAGUACAAAUACAAGAGCUUGACACGGCUUUUUUGAAUCAACAGACCGACUGCGGCACCGUCGGCUCAACGUUAAUACCAGCUGUACAGGAGAGUGGUGCACAAUUAGCGCCAGCAACAGAUUAUCUGAGCACGAAAGUUGAGGAGCUAGAAGAAGGUCUGCAGAAUGAUGCUGAGAAUAUAGUUUCUUUUCGAGAUGGGGAGCUGAAGCAAGAUAUGGGUGAAUUGGAAUGUGUCUUCAGCAAUGUAGACAGACUGCGAGUUCCCCGGCAAUAUCAGUUGAAUGCAAACACCAUGGACAGCUCUGUUGGUGGAACAUCAGUAUUGGGAUCCAACACCAUGACCAGCACAGGUCUGAGCGGAUGGUGGAAUCAGCCACAGACAUUAAGAGGCGCUCGUGGCACUACGGGUUUUGGAGGACAAUCCUUGCAGCUCGUGAACGAUGAGGCGGACAAAACUAACUCUGCAAGACCGAAAACCAUGGUUGAUCUUUUUGAUCGCAGAAUUGAAACCUUCAAAAAAGUGAAGGACGAGCACGUCAGAUUAUUGAGCGAGAUCGAGGACUUUAUCGAUGGGCUGGAAGAGAAGGUCAUCAUGCGGGAGCGAGAAGUCAACGAGCGGCUGAACUAUGGCAAUUCAAACGCCGCUGAACGUAAAGAGGAGGACAAGCAGAGGAAAUUGAACCAGCUAGGCUUCGUUUUUGGUGAGGUACAGCGAGGUCUCUACGAAAUGGCUGACAAAGUUGGCGUCACUCGAGAAGGGAUCGUCGAGCUAGGCAUGCUGAAUCGAUAG